UCACUGGAUCUCCGAGAGGUUCAGAAGUCUCGGCGGCUCCCUGGGCCGGCCUCGGACGGAGCUGACGGCGGUCGCCCGCCGCGGACCUAGAUCACCCUCUUCCACUCAGUCUCGGUUCCGGGUCCCUGGCGCGUUCUCUUCUUUUCGUCCUCGCUCGCCCUCUCACCGGACGCGCGCUCCCGCCGGCUCCGGACCUGGUGUCCGCCUCUCGGGCGAGUCGGAGGGGCCCCUCGCAGCCUCAGAGGCAGCCAGCCCGGGCACCGGAGGCCGGGGAAGGGCCCCGCGCACCGCGGAGUGGGCUGUGAUUGGAGGGAGAGCCAGCGCCGGGCGGGCCCCAGCGGGCGCCGAGCAGGUGCCUCAGUCCGCCCCGCGCGCCCAGCUGCGCGCACCGGGUCCCGAAGCGCCCGCGGGCGCCCGGCAGACGAGCGCACGUCCUUUCGGAUGCGAGCGCCCGGAUCCCUGGCGUCACGCGCCACGGGGAGGGCAUCGAGGCCCCAGGUACCGAUUACACCAUUCUUUGGCGAAGGCUGUUCAGCAGUGGUGACCUCUUCCAGUCCAACACUCUACAAAUUAUUAUCUCUGGACUCCCAGCUGACACCCUGCCGGAGGCAAAAGCGACUAAGCCAACUGGAACUGUGCCUUUUCUCUUGUCAAGGUUUUUUUCUUACACAGGAAAAAGAAAGAAAAAAAAAGAUGAAGUUGGGCAAAGUGGAGUUCUGCCAUUUUCUGCAGCUCAUCGCUCUUUUCCUGUGUUUUUCGGGGAUGAGUCAAGCAGAGCUCUCAAGGUCCAGAUCAAAGCCCUAUUUCCAAUCAGGGAGGUCCCGGACCAAGCGCAGCUGGGUGUGGAAUCAGUUCUUUGUGCUGGAGGAAUACAUGGGUUCAGACCCCCUCUAUGUAGGAAAGCUUCACUCUGAUGUUGAUAAAGGAGAUGGUUCCAUCAAAUACAUCUUGUCAGGCGAAGGGGCAAGUUCCAUUUUCAUUAUUGAUGAGAACACGGGGGACAUUCACGCCACCAAGAGGCUGGACCGCGAGGAGCAGGCCUACUACACGCUCCGCGCGCAGGCGCUGGACAGGCUCACCAACAAGCCCGUGGAGCCCGAGUCGGAGUUUGUCAUCAAAAUUCAGGACAUCAACGACAACGAGCCCAAAUUUUUGGAUGGUCCAUACACUGCAGGAGUCCCUGAAAUGUCUCCCGUGGGGACCUCCGUAGUACAAGUGACAGCGACGGAUGCUGACGACCCCACAUAUGGCAACAGCGCCAGGGUGGUGUACAGUAUCCUGCAAGGACAGCCGUACUUCUCAGUGGAACCAAAGACAGGAGUCAUCAAGACUGCCCUUCCAAACAUGGAUAGAGAGGCUAAAGACCAGUAUUUGCUUGUUAUUCAGGCAAAGGAUAUGGUUGGUCAAAAUGGAGGACUGUCGGGAACUACGUCAGUCACUGUGACCCUCACGGAUGUCAACGAUAACCCCCCUCGCUUCCCCCGAAGGUCUUACCAAUAUAACGUCCCGGAAUCUCUGCCUGUAGCCUCAGUUGUGGCGAGAAUUAAAGCUGCUGAUGCAGAUAUUGGAGCUAAUGCUGAAAUGGAGUACAAGAUUGUGGACGGUGAUGGAUUAGGGAUUUUCAAGAUUUCUGUUGACAAAGAUACACAGGAAGGAAUCAUUACUAUACAGAAGGAACUGGAUUUUGAAGCCAAAACGAGUUACACACUACGGAUAGAAGCUGCGAAUAAAGACGCUGACCCUCGUUUCCUGAGCCUGGGGCCGUUCAGCGACACCACGACCGUGAAGAUCAUCGUGGAAGACGUGGACGAGCCCCCCGUGUUUUCCUCACCCCUGUACCCCAUGGAGGUGUCAGAAGCUACCCAAGUGGGGAAUAUCAUCGGCACCGUGGCUGCCCAUGACCCCGAUUCUUCCAACAGCCCCGUGAGGUAUUCAAUUGACAGAAACACAGACUUGGAGAGAUACUUCAAUAUUGAUGCCAACAGCGGAGUCAUCACAACUGCCAAAUCUCUGGACCGAGAGACAAAUGCUAUUCACAAUAUCACAGUCCUUGCCAUGGAGAGCCAGAAUCCAUCUCAAGUAGGAAGAGGCUACGUGGCCAUAACCAUCCUUGACAUUAAUGACAACGCGCCUGAAUUUGCCAUGGACUAUGAGACCACAGUCUGUGAAAAUGCCCAGCCAGGGCAGGUUAUCCAGAAAAUCAGUGCGGUUGACCGAGACGAACCUUCCAACGGACAUCAGUUUUACUUCAGCUUAACAACAGACGCCUCAAAUAAUCACAACUUUUCACUGAAAGAUAACAAAGACAACACAGCCUCAAUCCUGACCCGGAGAAACGGCUUCAGGAGACAGGAGCAGUCAGUGUACUACCUGCCGGUGUUCAUCGUGGACAGCGGGUCCCCUUCGCUCAGCAGCACCAACACCCUGACCAUCCGCGUCUGUGACUGCGACGCCGACGGCAUCGCGCAGACCUGCAACGCCGAGGCCUACGUGCUGCCCGCCGGCCUCAGCACCGGCGCGCUCAUCGCCAUCCUCGCCUGCGUCCUGACCUUGCUGGUGCUGAUCCUCCUCAUCGUCACCAUGCGAAGGCGGAAAAAAGAGCCCCUCAUUUUCGACGAAGAGCGAGAUAUCCGAGAAAACAUCGUCCGGUACGACGACGAGGGCGGCGGCGAGGAGGACACGGAGGCCUUCGACAUGGCCGCGCUCAGGAACCUGAACGUGAUCCGCGACAGCAAGACCCGCAGGGACGUGACCCCCGAGAUCCAGUUCCUCGGCCGGCCGACCUUUAAGAGCAUCCCCGACAACGUCAUUUUUAGGGAGUUUAUUUGGGAACGACUGAAGGAGGCGGACGUGGACCCCGGCGCCCCCCCCUACGACUCCCUGCAGACCUACGCCUUCGAGGGCAACGGCUCGGUGGCCGAGUCGCUCAGCUCCUUGGAUUCCAUCAGCUCCAACUCGGAUCAGAACUACGACUACCUGAGCGACUGGGGACCUCGCUUUAAACGCCUGGCAGACAUGUACGGGACCGGCCAGGAGAGUUUGUACUCAUAGCCUAGAAACCUUACUAGGAAAGGUACUGCAGGAAAGAGUAACCGCAAAAACAAACAAAAGAAAAGGAAAGAACGAAAACCCCCACGUCUAUACAGAAAGCAAGAACUCCACUUGCUGGAGAAAAUGGUUGUAAAUAUUUCUCCAUUUUUACCUGUGUGGGUUUCUGCCUUGGUGAAGCGAAUCUUCAUUAGACUUACCCCAGGGACUUGGCGACCCCAGACUCUGAGCAUUCGAAGGUUUUUUUUUUAAUAAAAAGAAAUGCUUGGUGGUUUGUGAAUAGAUAGCAACUCUCCUAUACCUGCAAAGACCCCACCUCUUGAGUCAGUCGUCCCCUGUAUUGUCCGUGAGUGGAGGAUGCCCGGCGCAAGCCGCCGCCGUGGGGCUGUCAGAAAGGGGAAUAACGCGGUGAGCUAUUGCCAAAUCCUACAACGUGGAGCUUAGAACAUCUUAGGACCAACUGAAUUUACAGCAAUGCUUUUUGAGCUUGCUAUAUUAUAGAAUCCGGCAGAAUUUCAUUGCUGUUGGUUAGCAAAAAUAUUUUAUUGAGCAAUAUACAAAUUCUAGGAAAUUUCACCCUAAGUGAAAGCCCCUCAAUAAAAACCUGUAAAAUUUGGCUUGCGUAAAAUUUAUUUACGUAAUAAAUCAUCGCUUAUCCAAUAAAUGAUUAAAAGGUAAAUUAUUUUUAAAGUUUGCAAUCGUUUUGAGAUACUCAUGUAGGUAUGACUAAGAAAAAAAGUUGCUGUCUAUUCGUUGAUCUCUAUUAUCUCUUCUGAUUUGUACAGGAGAAUAUCUUUUUUUUCCUUUUUAAUUUGACACAUGGUGUUGUAUUUAUUUUGGAGCUCCAAUCUCCACUAAAUUCAGGUCCAUCUUCCUGCCUCGUAGUACUAAACGCAUAGGAACAUGCUGAUUUUUCUUCUGGCCUGAGCUACAUGGUGCAAAUGAAGCGUGGAAAUGGAGAAAUGAUAGCAAAGCAAUUGAGCCCUGUCGCAGUUCACAUCUAGAGAGGAGCACAGCUACAAGGACACAAAAAUUGUUCUUCUGAGCCAAACAUAGGAAUAAAAUAUUUGUAUUUUAGAAA